UUUGGCGUGUCGGACACGCGACACGUCAGUUGCCAGCCGUGUCCGUGUUUCGCAGAUGUGUGCUCGUGGUGCAAUCAAAAAAGUCAAAACGACUUGUGUAGUUGUAUACACGUAAACCAAUAAAUUUUUCAAAAUAUCGGGAUUAAUUUUGCUGACCACUAAAUAAAAAAACCUUUUUUCCGAUACAAUUUCUUUCCCACUCCAUUACUUCAUUGAACAUAUGAAAACGUGGUUGGUGAGCAAGUAUAAACUAUAGACUAUAAACCCAUCAAAUACCUUUUUUUCUUUCUCUUUGUCUCUACUCCUUAAUCAAGGAAAGGGUUAUUAAAAUGGCUUCAGAUGGUAAAGUUCACACCUUUGAAGAAGUUUCUAAGCACAAUAGCACGAAGGAUUGCUGGUUGAUUAUCUCAGGAAAGGUAUAUGAUGUAACUCCAUUCAUGGAUGAUCAUCCCGGUGGUGAUGAAGUUCUUCUAUCAGCAACUGGAAAAGAUGCAACAAAUGACUUCGAAGAUGUUGGACACAGCGAUUCUGCCAGAGAAAUGAUGGACAAAUACUACAUAGGCGAAGUUGAUGUAUCAACUGUCCCACUAAAGCGGAUAUAUGUUCCACCGCAACAAGCUCAUUACAAUCAGGAUAAGACACCGGAGUUUAUAAUCAAGAUCUUACAGUUCGUGGUACCCCUUCUCAUUUUGGGGCUUGCUUUUGUCGUGCGACAAUAUACCAAAAAGGAGGAUUAGAGAAUUAUGUAUUUCCUCCGAAUUCAAUUUAGCUAUUGAGAAGUCUGAGACGUUGGAGAAAUGAUCGGUUUUAUUCCUUAUUCGUCUUGUGGUAUUUGAGAGUUUAGUCCUAGCUCUUUAGUCAUAUGCUAUUUUGUUGUGGUUCGGACAUCCUAUUGUUUUGGUGCUCAUCGGCUAAUUUUCUCUGUAAAACCUUUGUUAAGAAUUGCAACAUUGUGCUAAUGUUCCUAGUUGUAUUUGUUAGUUA